GCGCCGGACCCUCCACUCAGCGCUCCGGGAACCGGAACUCCCCCGCUAUGCCGGGCGCCUGACGGCGGCCGCGGUCCUCUCGCACGACAGGACUAAGCUGGUGGCGGCGCCUUUAAGUGGAGCCCCGCCCCCGGCGGCGGCGCGCGCGGGGAUUGGCUGCCGGAGCCGGGCGGAAGCGGCGCUGCGGCCACGUGGGCGCGUGGCGGGAUGGCGCGAGCUCUGCGCGUGCUGCGCUGCGCGGCGGGACCGGGACCGGGAUCGGGAUCGGGACCGGCACCGGGAUCGGGACCGGCACCGGGAUCUGGCUCCGAGCAGGGGCCUCGGGUCCGGUUCGGGCCCAGCCCCACAGGUUUUCUUCAUUUAGGUGGCCUUAGGACCGCUUUGUACAAUUACAUCUUUGCCAAAAAACACAAAGGGACGUUUAUUUUAAGAGUGGAGGAUACAGAUCAGAAUCGCGUGGUGCCUGGAGCUGCAGAAGGAAUAGAAGAUAUGUUGGACUGGGCAGGUAUUCCCCCGGACGAGAGCCCCGGGCGCGGCGGCCCCGCCGGGCCCUACGUGCAGUCGCUGAGGCUGGAGCUGUACGGGCGGGCUGGUGCAGCGCUGCUGGCCAGCGGGGCUGCCUACCGCUGCUUCUGCAGCCCGCAGCGCCUGGAGCUGCUGCGCAGGGACGCCGUGCGCAGCCAGCAGACCCCGCGAUACGACAAUCGGUGCCGGCACCUGACGCCCACGGAAGUGGCCCAGAAGCUGUCACAGGGCCUUGACUUCGUCAUCCGCUUCCGCCUGGAGAAGGGGGUGGAACCCUUCCAGGACCUGGUCUAUGGCUGGAGCAAGCACGAGGUGGCAGAGGUGGAAGGUGACCCCGUGAUUCUCAAGGGGGACGGCUUCCCCACGUACCACCUGGCAAAUGUGGUGGAUGACCACUACAUGGGCAUCACCCACGUCCUGCGCGGCACCGAGUGGCUGGCUUCAACCUCCAAGCACCUGCUGCUCUACAAAGCCUUUGGCUGGGAGCCCCCUCAGUUUGGCCACCUCCCACUGCUGCUGAACAAGGACGGUGGCAAGCUGUCCAAGAGGCAGGGGGACAUCUUCCUGGAGCACUUUGCUCGGGAUGGCUUCCUGCCAGAGGCACUGCUGGACAUUGUCACCAACUGCGGCUCGGGGUUCACAGAGAAGCAGAUGGGGAGGACUUUGGAGGAGCUGAUCUCCCAGUUCGAAGUAGGCAGAAUUACAACCCAUUCUGCUUUCCUGGACCUUGAAGCGCUCCCAGAAUUCAACAGGGUUCACCUCACCCGUCACAUUGAGAACCAAGGGCUGCGCCAGAAGCUCGUUAGGGAGCUGCAGGGGCUGGUGGAGCUCGUCUAUGGGGAUCAGCAAGUGGAUCCAGAUGUUCUGGAAAAUGAAUAUGUGGAGCGAGUCCUCCUGCUGAGAAAAGGUCACAUAAGCUUCCUGAAGAACCUGGUGUCGAGUGAUUACUCUUACCUGUGGGUCAGGCCCUCAGUGUCCCGGCAGCAGCUACAGACAAUUUCUGCAGAAGUAGAUGAAAUAGGAAAACUAGUCCUAGGGCUCAUGACAAGGCAGGGAGCUGCCUUGACUGUGGAGGAGCUGAACAAAGACCUGAGAAGUCUCCAGAAGCAAACCAGAGAGACCAAGUACAGCAGCAUGAUGCAGCUCCUGCGCCUGGUGCUCAGCGGGCGCCAGCACGGCCCGAGUGUUGCUGAGAUGAUGGUGACUCUGGGAGCUGAGGAGGUGUGUGGCCGGAUACACAGAGCACUGUCCAGCUGACAGGGACGUCGGUGACGCUGCCAGGCCACGCGCUUGGACGGUGCAGGUGGCACCUGUGUGAUCAUCUCUGAGCAGCUGGGCUUUAGGCAUCUGUGCUGGUCCCACGUCUGUACCAACCUGCACCAAGCACAGCCCACUGCACCUGGGAGAGGAACCAAGUCCAGAUUGAACUCUGCCCUGCUGUUGCCUCGUGCAAGGAGCCUGGUUUGCUGGGUGGGAGAAAAAGACGUGUAUCAGCACUUCAAUUGAGACCAUGUGGACAGGAAGCCACUGAACUUCUGACAGCAGCAGAUCAGAUCCUUUUUGGAGAGGGCCUCACAGUCAGGGUACCUACAGCUACACAGUACAGUUCCCCAGUAAAUACAGUGGGGGUAUUUAUAGAUAUAUAUGUAUAUAUAUAAACAGAUAUAUGCUAUAGCUGUUACCCUCUUGGCUGCCGUGGUGCCCUCCCAGGCUGAGUGAGCUGCUCAGAGGGGGUUUCCUCCCUGUGUACAGUGUCACACAUGUGGUUCUGCCAAAAAUACCCCUGAUCAGGAGAUUGGGAUGUUUUUUCCUCUUUUGUCUGAUGCCCUUUUAAUUAUUAAAUUACUGUGGUGACUUAG